UAUAUCUUUGUGGGUUUAUGAAAAGCAUUAUAAACAAAGAGAGAAACCUAAACCACCGUUUUCUUGCAUGUGAAUUUUACUAUCCAACCAUCAUCACUUCUUCAUUUUUCCUUUUAUAAAAAACCCAAAUCCAGAGUCAUUUUGCUUGAAUGAUUUCUGGGUUGGAGAGAGUUUGAUCGAUUGAUUAAGAUAUGAGUCGAAGGGUUAGCCGGAGGAGAGGGAAGGGUAAAGAGGUUUUGCCUAGCUACCCAGAAAAUGAAGAAGGCGAUUUACCUUGGGAUAAGCAGAACCAGAAUCAAUGGCUGGAUUGGACUAUGCUACCCGAUGAUACAGUUAUUCAGCUGUUUUCUUGUCUCAAUUAUCGGGAUAGGGCGAGUCUCUCAUCAACUUGCAGGACAUGGCGGACUUUAGGUACUUCUCCAUGUUUAUGGCAGUCCCUAGAUCUUCGAGCUCACAAUUGCGAUGUCAAUGGAGCCGAUUCCCUUUCAUCUAGAUGUUCUUCCCUGCAGAAGCUCCGAUUUCGAGGGGCAGAUUCAGCAGAUGCUAUAAUUAAUCUCCGAGCUACGAAUUUGAAGGAAAUAUGUGGGGAUGGUUGUGGGAAAAUCGUUGAUGCUACUCUGUCAGUUAUUGCUGCUCGUCAUGAGGCACUUGAAAGCCUACAACUUGGCCCUGAAUUCUGUGAGAAAAUCAGCAGUGGUGCAAUCAAAGCCAUUGCUAAAUGCUGUCCUAAGCUUAGAAAACUGCGGCUUUCAGGUUUAAGGGAUGUGGAUGAACAUGCCCUAAGUGGUUUGGCAAAGCAUUGCAAAGAUUUGGUUGAUGUUGGGUUUAUAGAUUGCCAAAACUUGGAUGAGGUAGCUUUAGGACGUAUUACAUCAAUUCGGUUUCUUUCUGUUGCAGGAAUAUCAGACAUGGAUUGGACUGCUGUUUCUGAGCAUUGGACUAAAUUGCCCAACUUGAUCGGUUUGGAUGUUUCAAGAACAUUUAUUACUCCUAAUGCUGCCUCUAGGUUGCUGUUGUCUUCAAAAAGUUUGAAGGUCUUGUGUGCCUUGAAUUGCACGACCAUUAAAGAGGAUGCUAACUUUCCCCCCAACUUAAAGAAGGGUACAUUGCUGUUAACCCUUUCCUCUGACAUUUUCAAAGCUUUAGCUUCUCUAUUUGGGAAUGUUCUAAACAAAGAGAGAGAUGUUUUAUCUUAUUGGAGGAGUUCAACGGACAAGGAUAAGAAUGUUGAUGAUAUCAUGACUUGGGUUGAAUGGGUCAUGUCUCAUUCGCUUCUCCGAAUAGCUGAAUCAAAUUCUCAGGGUUUGGACAAUUUCUGGAUAAAUCAGGGUGCAGCAUUGUUGCUCAAUUUUCUAGAAAGUUCACAAGAUGAUGUCAAAGAAAAGGCUGCCACAGGACUUGCUACUUUUGUAGUCACCGAUGAUGAAAAUACUAAUAUUGACGGUAGAAGAGCUGAAGCAGUUUUGAGUGGUGGAGGAAUAAGCCUCCUUUUAAAUCUUGCGAGAUCUUGGAGGGAUGGGUUUCAAUCAGAAGCAGCAAAGGCUAUAGCCAACUUGUCUGUCAACCCUAGUGUUGCAAAAGCUGUUGCAGAUCAAGGAGGGAUAAGUCUCCUUGCAAGUAUGGCGCGGUCUAUGAAUAGAGUGGUUGCUGAAGAGGCCGCAGGAGGAUUAUGGAAUUUGUCAGUUGGGGAAGAGCACAAGGGUGUUAUUGCUGCGACCGGCGGUAUAGAAGCUUUAGUUGGUCUUAUUUUCAAAUGGCCUUCUGGUGGAGAUGGAGUGCUGGAACGUGCUGCUGGUGCAUUGGCAAACUUGGCAGCCGAUGACAAGUGUAGCAUAGAGGUUGCAGAAGUUGGUGGUGUACAUGCCUUGGUGAUGUUGGCUCGUAAUUGUAAGACGGAGGGAGUACAGGAACAGGCUGCACGUGCACUAGCCAAUAUGGCAGCCCAUGGAGAUACCAAUCAUAACAACGCUACUGUUGGACUGGAAGCAGGUUCCAUUGAAGCACUUGUGCAACUCACCCGCUCACCCCAUGAAGGAGUCAGGCAAGAAGCUGCUGGUGCACUUUGGAACUUGUCAUUUGAUGAUAGAAAUCGAGAAUCAAUUUCAACAGCUGGGGGCAUUGAAGCCUUGGUUGCUCUUGCAAACUCCAGUUCAAAUGCCUCACCAAGUCUUCAGGAGAGGGCUGCUGGAGCUUUGUGGGGACUGUCUGUAUCAGAGGCAAAUAGUAUUGCUAUUGGACAAGAAGGAGGUGUGGCACCGUUAAUAGCACUUGCACGCUCCGAAACUGAAGAUGUACAUGAGACUGCAGCAGGAGCUCUUUGGAAUCUUGCUUUUAACUCAGGCAAUGCUCUUCGUAUAGUGGAGGAGGGUGGUGUUCCCACACUUGUGCAUCUUUGCUCAUCAUCUGGAUCUAAAAUGGCACGGUUUAUGGCUGCAUUAGCAUUGGCCUACAUGUUUGAUCGAAGAAUUGGUGAACAAUCAUUGGUGGGAAGUUCAUCUGAUAACACAUCCAAAAGUGUGAACUUGGAUGGUUCUAGGAGGAUUGCUUUGAAACAUAUUGAAGCAUUUGUCCUUAGUUUUGCUGAUUCCUCAAUGUUUCACGCGGCUUCUGUGUCUUCAGCACCUGCGGCUUUGUCAAGAAUAACAGAGUCUGCCCGCAUUCUAGAGGCAGGUCAUCUGAGAUGCAGUGGGUGUGAGAUUGGACGAUUUGUCACCAUGCUGCGGAAUCCUUCAUCUGUUCUCAAGGCAUGUGCUGCAUUUGCACUACUACAGUUCACAAUGCCAGGUGGCCGUCACGCAAUGCACCAUGUCAACCUUCUACAGAAUGCGGGGGCAUCGCGAAUAUUGCGCGGAGCAGCUGCAUCUACAAACGCACCCCUUGAAGCCAAAAUCUUUGCAAAAAUUGUACUUCGGAAUCUAGAGCAUCACGUCUCGCUAUGAAGGUGGUCAAGUGGAACUAAAAAACCUCUUUUGUUUUCUUUUGUUAUAUAGCCUGCAUAUGAAGAAUCAAAAUACAUUCUAUAUGCAAGCAUGGAACGCCUUCCCUUUUGAAAUCAUUUUGUUGUUAUAUCAUGAAGAUUGUUGUAAAAAAUUUCUUCUCUCUUUUGUGACCAAUGAAUGGUUCAAAAAUCACUCUCUCACAUCUCUUUCUAUUGUCAGAUUGUUGGGAUUCAUUCUUCUUGUUAAGAAGAGAAUGUACUUUGAAAUAGCUAAAGCUACAAGCCUUGUUGCACUU